AUUUGUCGCUAAUGGCGUACAUGUUUAUCAUUCACUUGCUGUUAUGUGUAGUGUUUUUAAGUGCUUUAUAACCUCUAAUAAUACCUCUAUUGUAUUUACUUUCAUCGAUGGAUUUUACAAAAUGUUUACAUAAAUUUUCUGAAUAGAAUAAAAAAAAUCUUCUCAUUUGAAAGUUAUUUAAUAGUUUCAGCAAAAUGUCAACUGAAAUAGAAACGAGUUUGCUGGUGAUCAUAUUGGACGUUAAUCCAGUGCAGCGGAUUGUGAAGCAAGAAACAAAGAUAUUAUCACAAUGCUUAGAUUCUACAGUUGUUUUUGCUAAUGCUCAUCUCAUGCAGUCAUCCAAUAAUGAACUGGCAAUUAUGGCAUGUCACGGUCAUAGCACCAGAUUUCUUUAUCCAUGUGAAAACGCAGCAGAAAUAAGACAGAUGGAUGGUCAGUAUGAGAAGUUUACCAUGGUAGAGCGUACAGUGCGCCAACAAUUACAGCAGGUCAUCAGUGAAAUCUCCAUGGAUACUCCACUAAAUAUAGAGAGUCUCAUCUCUGGUGCACUUAGUAUGGCACUGUGUUAUAUUGCUCGAUUGGAACGUGAAAAAAUUGCUGGUCAAAAGCUAUAUCCCAGAAUACUGGUGAUCACUGCCAGUAAUGACUCAGCCACACAGUACAUGAAUUAUAUGAAUAUAUUUUUCACAGCACAGAGAAUGAAUGUCAUUCUGGAUGUGUGUAGUUUGGAUCAAGAACUGACACUCUUGCAACAGGGUUGUGACAUAACAGGUGGUAAUUAUCUGAAGAUACCACAGCUUGCUGGAUUGUUACAAUAUUUAUUGUGGGUUUUCCUGCCAGAUCCUAAUGUUAGAUCAAAACUAGUUCUUCCCCCGCCAGUAAAAGUGGACUAUAGAGCAGCAUGCUUUUGUCAUCAGGAACUUAUUGACAUUGGAUAUGUUUGCUCCAUAUGUUUGUCAAUUUUCUGCAAAUUCAGUCCAAUAUGCACAACUUGUCAUACGGUAUUCAAAAUGCCAGGACCUAUUCCAAUAAAAAUGAAGAAGAAGAAAAAAAAUGUAGACAUCGUCCAUUAAUUUCGUAUAUUUUGUAAUAGUAAUUUGUAAAUAAACUGUCAUAAUAUAAAACCAUUUGUUUGUAAUUACAACUGAUUAAGC